AGACCGGCGUGCUGCAAACUAGCUCUGGGCGGCGCGAGAUAGGUUGUCUCUCUUGCUGGGUGCUGAACGCAGACUUCGGGGUGGACGAGGCUGAGGUGACUGCACCGCCUUCUUGAGAGCUUCGCGUUCUCGUGUCUGGCUCCUCUGCCGUCGCUCGUUUGUGUCCAGAGCCGGCCUGCCUUUCGAUUUGCUUUGCCCAUAUGUGCACCAGAAUCACUGCUGCUUAGCCUGAACCUAGUAAAAAUGACCUUACAGAUGACAUGUUUGAGUCAAACCUGCCAAGAAGUAUGAUUUGAAUGAACUUUAACUUAUACAAGUUUUUCAAUUUAUUUAACCUAACUUAUCAGAUGUCUGGAAUUAUUUGUAACCUACGGGGCUCAUGACCCCCAAAGGGGAGGGAUAAGAUGUGGUGAUCUCAAAUGCUCUGAGAUCCCAUUACUGUAUGAUUAUACAUAUGAAAUCAUUCAUGUGAAGGGAGAAAAAAAAAAAAAAACAGGGACUUUGCUACCAUGCAGCAGACGACCAAAUUAUUUCUCCGAGCUUUGAAGUGUAGUAUCCCUCACCUUGGGAAGUGCAUGCAGAAAAAGAAUUACUGUAACUUCGCUGGUCAUUAUUACAAUAGAAUAAGAUUGGAAAAGUAUCACCUGCAAAAUAAACCCAAGAUAUCAGAAUUAGCAAGAAACGUCCCAAGUCGGAGCUUCUCAUGUAAGGAUCUUCUGCCUAUUAAGCCAGAAAACGAAAAAUCCCUUUCUGAAAACAUGGAUGCAUUUGAAAAAGUGAGAACAAAAUUGGAAACACAGCCACAAGAAGAAUACGAGAUCAUCAAUGCCGAGAUUAAGCAUGGCGGUUUUGUUUAUUAUCAAGAAGGUUGCUGCCUGGUUCGCUCCAAAGACGAAGAAGCGGACAGCGAUAAUUAUGAAGUUUUAUUCAAUCUGGAGGAACUUAAGUUGGACCAGCCCUUCAUUGACUCUAUCAGAGUUGCUCCCGAUGAGAAGUAUGUGGCUGCCAAGAUAAGGACUGAGGAUUCUGAAACAUCCACCUGCAUAGUUGUGAAGCUCAGUGAUCAGCCUGCCAUGGAAGCUUCUUUCCAGAACGUGUCCAGUUUUGAAUGGGUGAAGGAUGAAGAAGAUGAAGAUGUCUUGUUCUACACCUUCCAGAGGAACCUUCGCUGCCAUGAUGUGUAUCGAGCCACAUUCGGGGAAAACAGACGCAAUGAGCGUUUCUACACAGAAAAGGACCCGAGCUAUUUCGUUUUCCUCUACCUUACAAAAGACAGCCGUUUCCUCACCCUCAACAUUAUGAACAAGACGACUUCCGAGGUGUGGUUGAUAGAUGGCCUGAGCCCUUGGGACCCACCAGUACUGAUUCAGAAGAGGAUCCAUGGGGUCCUUUACUAUGUUGAACAUCGAGAUGAUGAAUUAUACAUCCUCACUAAUGUUGGAGAACCUACAGAAUUCAAGCUGAUGCGGACCGCAGCCGACGCCCCUGCUAUCAUGAACUGGGAUCUGUUCUUCACAAUGAAGAGAAAUACCAAGGUCAUAGACAUGGACAUGUUUAAGGAUCACUGUGUCCUGUUCCUCAAGCACAGCAACCUCCUCUAUGUUAACGUCAUCGGGCUGGCGGAUGACUCCGUUCGCUCGCUAAAGCUCCCUCCUUGGGCCUGUGGAUUCAUAAUGGACACCAGUUCUGACCCAAAGAACUGCCCCUUUCAGCUCUGCUCCCCAAUAAGACCUCCGAAAUAUUACACAUAUAAAUUUGCAGAAGGCAAACUGUUCGAGGAAACGGGACAUGAAGACCCAAUUACAAAGACCAGUCGUGUUCUACGCAUAGAAGCCAAAAGCAAGGAUGGAAAAUUAGUACCAAUGACAAUCUUUCACAAAAUGGAUUCUGAGGACUUGCAGAAGAAGCCUCUCUUGGUCCAUGUAUAUGGAGCUUAUGGGAUGGAUUUGAAAAUGAACUUCAGGCCUGAGAGGCGGGUCUUGGUAGACGAUGGAUGGAUCCUAGCGUACUGCCACGUUAGGGGUGGUGGCGAGUUGGGCCUCCAGUGGCAUGCUGAUGGCCGUCUAACCAAGAAACUCAAUGGCCUUGCUGACUUAGAGGCUUGCAUUAAGACGCUUCAUAGCCAAGGCUUUUCCCAGCCGAGUCUAACCACUCUGAGUGCUUUCAGCGCUGGAGGGGUGCUUGUGGGAGCAUUGUGCAAUGCUAAGCCCGAGCUGCUGAGAGCCGUGACCCUGGAGGCACCUUUCUUGGAUGUCCUCAACACCAUGAUGGACACCACACUUCCUCUGACACUGGAGGAGUUAGAAGAAUGGGGGAAUCCUUCCUCUGAUGAAAAACACAAGAACUACAUAAAACGCUACUGUCCCUGUCAAAACAUUAAACCUCAGCAUUACCCCUCAGUUCACAUCACAGCCUAUGAAAAUGAUGAGCGAGUGCCUCUGAAAGGAAUUGUAAACUACACUGAGAAACUCAAGGAAGCCGUCGCGGAGCAUACGAAGGAAGCAGGGGAAGGCUAUCAGCCUCCCAACAUUAUUUUAGAUAUUCAGCCUGGAGGGAACCACGUGAUUGAGGAUUCUCACAAAAAGAUCACAGCCCAGAUGAAAUUCCUGUAUGAGGAGCUUGGACUUGACAGCACCAAUGCAUUCGAGGAUCUUAAGAAAUACCUAAAAUUCUGAAAUGCUGCCUUCAGCUGGGAACCAGAAACACGUGGAAAUAAUAAUUAGUCUUAUUUCCAGUUGGGUUAGCAAAA